AUGAAGCCUGUGGAACUAGAUGGAAGAACAGGCGAAGGAGGUGGCCAAGUUGUGAGAGUCGCCAUCGCCAUAGCUGCCUUAACCGGACAAGCGGUUACCAUCACCAAUGUGCGAGGGAAUCGUGAUCGUGGCGGUGGUCUCAAAAGCCAGCAUAUUACCAGCAUCCAGUACCUGGCAGAGAUAACAGAUGCCGAUGUCGAUGGCCUAAGUAUAGGUUCUAAGACUGUUAUUUUCGCACCAAAACGAAAACCCACGGAACUAUACCAACGCAACAUCAAAGUAUCUGCAGAAUCGGGGUCUGCGAGUACCCUCCUCAUACUCCAGGCUAUUCUUCCAUUCCUUGUCUUUGCGGGAAAUGACUCCGAGGAACCAGUCGAGCUUCAGAUUUCCGGCGGAACAAAUGUUUCCUUUUCCCUGAGUUUCGAAUAUUUGGAUCAGAUCCUUUUGCCAACACUAGAAGAGCGGUUUGGUAUCCAAGUAGAAAGAACACUCGACCAUCGUGGAUGGAGCAGUGGGCCCCAGUCAAGAGGGCAAAUCAGUCUGAAAUUUCACCCAUUGAAAAUUGGUCAACGCCUACAAUACAAAGCCCCCGAGCCACAAAAAUACCCCGAGUCCUACGAGGUCAAGUCUGUCGAUGUCAGCAUUGUGGUGCCUGGUAGCGUGCAUGAGAAGCUCCAGGCAUCACUAACAAAUGAUCUAGAAACCCUGUUCCCAGGGACCGAAAUCCAUUUCAAGCUUACUGAAGACACGAACCUGGAUUCACGGUGGUACAUACUCCUUGUCGCUCAUUCCAUAUCGGGAAUUCGACGGGGACAUGACUGGCUCGGUUCGCUGCCGAAGAAGACCAAGAACAGGGAUCGAUUCACGGAACAGGUGUCGAAACAGGUCUGCCAAGGUCUGUUUGAAGAGAUAGAGGUUGGGGGCCAAGUAGACGUUCAUCUUCAGGAUCAAGUCGUGGUGUUCCAGGCACUCUGCGAAGGGUACUCCUCGUUUGUCCGUGGCGACGGCUUAGAGGAACCAUCUGCUGGAGUGCUAAUUGAUGCCAUGGGUAACCUUGACAUUGGUGAUGGAAGAAUGAGAAAGGAAAAGACCCAUGAGCCCUUCGGCUACGGUUCGCUUCACUCCCAGACAGCAAGAUGGGUUGGUCUUCCUUCAGAGAUGUUAUCAUAUAAGAAGCGAUCCGUGUCGCUCUGA